UAUUGCGACGUAUUAAUACUAACUCCAAUAAAUUUGUAUGGCGAUAUUCGCUUCCAUUGCCUUAUACACUAGGCUAAGAUAGCUGUAUAUUUAUUCAGAACUAAAAGAUAUCUUGGUAUGUGCUUUGAAAACCUGCUUAUUCAAAACUUUUACAAAAUCAAAUAACUUUUUUAGAACACUGGCCGGAAUACAGUUUUCUAUCUUGAAGGAAAACACGAUAGUAAAUUCAGAAUUGUCAUUGUUCUGUGUUAUGGUAUUUAUAUUUUUAUACUGAUUUUUUACAUUUAUACAUCUGCUCGAUAAAAUGGGAUACACUGUUUUGGAGAUGGAUCCUGAACCAGAAGUUGUAAAAAAUUCCAGUUCGACGCGACCCCGUUGGGUGACUUGCGCGACAAUAGCUGCCGCUGUUAUAGCGAUCACUAUGUCUGCGGUGGCUGUGGGUGCUGUCAUCGGCUAUACAUACUGCUACAUAGAACAUCGGUCGAUGGCAGGUAACAUGACACACUCCGUCAACUUUCAAAUAGUCCAACUACCAAUGGAUAGCGAAGAAAUGAGAAAGAACAAGACUAUAAAUGGCGCCUUAUCCAGCGUGUUAAUAACCAGAAUCAUGAAUAUCGGGCACUCUCUUAUCGAUGAUGAGAUGCCCUGGACAAGUAACGAAUCGGUACCUGAAUUGUUCCAUCCGCUGCUGUAAAUGUUAUGUUACUCCCAUUAAGGGAAUCGAGUUAUAUUUGGGUUUAGUAAAAUUUUUCGUAUUA